UUCGAGUCAUGUGACUCGUGUCAUUUCAGCUCCACAUUAGUUACAAGUUUUAACAUGUAACGUUAGAUGGCUCAAAUUUCAGCUCGACAUCUGUGAACAUACAGUAAAGAACCGGCGAAUUCAUUUUCAUUUGACAGAUCAUUCACAGAGCGAAUUCCUUCUUCAUGCUGCGUACUGAAACAUACUGAUGGUGAUUAUUUGUUUAACAGAUUUUCAUUUUGCAUUUUUUUUUCUGUUAUCAACGUCAAUUAAACGUUAUUAAUAUAUACUGUUAUACCUAUAUAUACCUAUACUGUUUCUAGCCCUCAAAUAAGCGCAGGGCUAUAGGCUAAAUCUUUGCAAUAAUGUCUUUACAUCUGGAGGAUGCACGUAUUGGAAGUCUAUUUCUUGCUGUUAAGCUUUUACUAGUGGUUUGCUGUUGCAGUGCUGUAACAAUACAGAACCGUGCACCGUAUUGCCUCCUCAUCAAAUCUGAACACGGGAGUUAUCAGGUUAGUUUUCUCACACACUCACUGGACGCUUUCGCAUCUCCACUCUUUUACUGGAGCAAGUGGACAUCAGAGAAACGCGUUGAAGAUUGUUUCAUGAGUGGCGACGGGACGCUGGUUACGCGUUAUUUGUCACUCUGUCGUGAAGAGCGCGCUUUUGACAAUGCCGAAAAGUUACCUUUCCCUUUCAACCUAAGUGCGCUAGUGGAAAAUGCCAGUCUGUGUGAAAGGAAUUCUUCUUUCAAUUUAACUUUGGACAAAGGAGACGUAAGCCAAGGCCAGCAGAUGGAUUCAAGAGCAAAAACUCGCUCUAAACGCGCAUGGGUUUUACCGGGAACACUUUGGUGUGGACGAGGCACAAGAGCCAAUAACUAUGAACAGUUGGGUAUGUUUGUGCAUGCAGAUAGAUGCUGCCGAGAACAUGAUCAUUGUGAGCAUAUCAUACGCUCCUUCUCUGUGAACUUUGGUGUCUUCAAUCCCACCCUCUUCACAGUCUCCCACUGUGACUGUGACCACAGAUUUAAACAAUGCCUUAUCAAUGGUAAUGACACCAUCUCCAACAUGGUGGGCUACAGUUUUUUCAACGUCCUAAAACUCCGCUGCUUCGAGCUGAUUCAAAGGAGGCAAUGCACACAGUACAGCUGGUUUGGAAUGUGCACAACGGUUCAGCUCACACCUAUGGCAGUACUGAAAGAUUCAACACCAUACAAUUCCACCAAUCUAAGUAAUGAGAAAAGUGGCACCGUUGACCUCUCAUGCAAUGAAGUGCCAAUCAAACUGUCACAUGGUGGCAAACAAAGAACCUCUAAACGUAAACGAAAGGACCAAAAAAAGUGUGCUCCAGUGAACUAUGCAAAAGGGGAAACUUUUCAACUAAGUCAAAAGUUGGUGAACCCAUUUGAAAGAAAGAGGAAACUACAAACAACUCAACAUCGAAAAGGAAGAAAAACUCUGCAGCCAAACAAAGAGAAGGAAAUGAUAACUCAAAAGUUUAAAAUGGAAACUAUUCUUCAAAGCAUCCACAGGACACCAAAAGCAAGUGUCACUCACUCACCUUCAACCUCAUCUGAAACGAAAUUUGUCUUGGUUCAAAAGACGAUGGUCACUCAGUCCAAACAAAUAUCAGUAACUAAAUCAAGAGCAAGGACAAAGAGCAAGAGAAAAAGAGGUAAAAACAAAACCCAGAAAUUCAGUAAGAGCCAGAAAGAAAAAAAAAAUAAAACCCCAAAACAAUGAUGCUCACUUUCAAUCAUCAGAAAUGCAAGGAUUCUUAUUUUUCAAAAGAUCUUCAAGCAUUAGAUUAAAUGAUGUGUGACAUGAGAAGGGCUUUUCACACUAAACCCCACUUUUAA